AUGGCAUCAGAAUCUGAGAUACAUAUAGACGCUACCCCCUUCCGUCAAUGGUAUGAAUCUCACUACAUUUUGCCUUUGGGCCGUAAACGUAUCCCCAAGCAACAACAAAAGGAAGAUGACAACGAUGUGCUCACCAAGAAGCGCAACGAAAAGACUAUGAAGAAGUACUUGGGACGUCAAAAGUACGCCAAGGUUGAACAAGCUUUGGAAGAUCAAUUCGUUUCUGGUCGUCUCUUAGCCAGUGUCUCAUCUCGUCCCGGCCAAUGCGGUCGUGCCGAUGGUUACAUUUUGGAAGGCAAAGAAUUGGAAUUCUAUCUUAAGAAAAUCAAGUCCAAGAAAUAAACCGUUUAUAUGUUUUAUUAUU